GCAAGAUCCCAAUUCUCGCCAUGGCACCUAAAACUAGCGGCAAAGCUGUCAAGAAGUCUGGCAAAGCCCAGAAGAACAUCUCCAAAAGCGACAAGAAAGGCAAGAAGAAAAGGAGGAAGGAGAGCUAUGCCAUCUACAUCUACAAGGUCUUGAAGCAGGUCCACCCUGACACCGGUGUGUCCUCCAAGGCCAUGAGCAUCAUGAACAGCUUCGUCAAUGACAUCUUUGAGCGCAUCGCCGCCGAAGCUUCCCGCUUGGCUCACUACAACAAGCGAUCGACCAUCACCUCCCGGGAGAUCCAAACUGCUGUCCGCCUGCUGUUGCCCGGUGAGCUCGCCAAGCACGCCGUCUCUGAAGGCACCAAGGCCGUAACCAAAUAUACGAGCUCGAAGUAAAUUGAUCUAAAGCAGCUACAACUUACAAUCGGCCCUUCUCAGGGCCAACAAAAUUUUCAUACGUAUGACAAUCUAAUCGA